UUACCGAAGAAGAAAUCAAAAGACUUUACAAAAGAUUUAUGAAGCUUGAUAAAGAUAGUUCAGGCUCCAUUGACCGAGAAGAAUUCCUUUCGAUUCCACAGAUUGCAAAUAAUCCAUUGGCAUCAAGGAUGAUUGCUAUAUUUGAUGAGGAUGGUGGUGGUGAUGUAGAUUUUGAAGAAUUUAUUUCUGGAUUGAGUGCCUUUAGUGCGAAAGGAAAUAAAGUCGAAAAAUUGCAUGGCUAUAUUUCGAAUGGAGAAUUGUUCCUUGUCCUAAAAAUGAUGGUUGGAAAUAACCUCAAGGACAACCAGCUUCAACAAAUUGUUGAUAAGACAAUCAUGGAAGCUGAUAAAGACAUGGAUGGAAAAAUUUCUUUCGAAGAAUUUUGUUCAAUAGUAGAAGCUACCGAUAUUUCAAAGAGUUUAACUUUGACAGAAUUUUAG